CUCAAAAUUACUCUGCCGUCCGAAACAGUUUUUUUAAAAACAUGAAAGACAAUCAGCAAACUCCAUCACCACUCACUCUUACUCACUCCACUUUAUGUUCACAUUCUCCAUUAUUUCUCUAACUAAUCACUCACUCACUCUCAGUCUCUCUUGCUAGUUCUUUCUCCAAUGGCUUCGUCGAUCGCUUACGCUUCCAACCUCGCCUUGCUCCGCGGCAAGAACCACCACAACGACGACGCCACCGCGGAGGUUGUGGAUGAUCGGAUCGCAGAGAAGGAAGAGCAAGCAGUGAAGAAUCGUAGAGUUCUUAGAAUCCGUAUCGUUUGCGGUGGUCCCUCGGCGGAGCGUGGAAUUUCGCUUAACUCUAUGAGAUCGGUUCUCGAUAAUAUUCAGAUCAAAAGAUGGGGCGUGCAAAAAUAAACAUGAAACUCAUCAGCAACGAGAAGUCUCGUAUGGUAACCUAUAGUAAGAGAAAAAAGGGUUUGAAAAAGAAGGCCUAUGAGCUUUCCACUCUUUGUGGUGUCGAUGUGUGCAUGAUCGUCUAUGGACCCAUACAGAAGGACAAUUCUAAUGAGCUAGCAAUCUGGCCUGAAAAUCAAGAAAAAGUCGAGAAAAUAAUCAACAAAUACAAGGGCACGAGUACAGGUACACGUAAGAAAGAAACUCUUAGCUUAUCUGACUAUUUCAUUCAACGGAAGAAGAAUAUUGAGAAGGAGAUCUCAAGAGUGCGUAUGGAAAGCUUCAAAGCCAUGUAUUCGACAUGGAUUGAAGGUCUAAAUAGUUUUUCAGAUGCACAAAAAGAAGUACUUCUUGGGUUAUUGGACUCUAAGAUCGAUGAAGUACAAAGAAAAAUUAAUGUUAUAAGAGGACGUAAUUAUUUGAUUAAUGAUGCAGCAUUAGGAACAGCUAGCAGCUCCAACUUUGGAUCAAUCCGAAGUGAUUUUUCUUACACUCAAGGCAUGAUUCAAAGGAGUGUAGCACCAAAGAUUAUCAACCAACAGCCUAUAUCUUAUGUAAAGGUAAAGCCACUAGAAAACCAGUUGCCUAUGACAUGGGGUGAGCGUCUCAAUAAUUUUUCGGAUGCACAAAGAGCAGUACUUCGUGGUAUAUUGGACAAUAAGAUUGAUGAAGUACAGAGAAACAUUGAUGUUUUAAAUGGAGGUAGUUACAUGAUAAAUGAUGCAGCGUCAGGAUUAACCAGUAGCUCCAACUUUGGAUCAAUCCCAACCGAUUUUUCUUACACUCAAGGCAUGCUUCAAAGGAAUGUGGAAACGAGUCCUAUUAACCAACAGCCUAUAUCUUAUGUGAAGCCACUGGAUUACCAAUUCCCUUCUUGCUAUUCAUCUGAUCAAAGUCUUUUCCCUUUACUUCCAUUUGAUCAUCUUAAUCCUAUGGCCAAUCCAAUGGAGGUGAAGGGUGUGGAUUAUUCUCAAUUUGGAGGCAUGUGUAGUGGCAUACAAUAUACUCCAUCAAAUGAUCAAAUUUGUUAUGAUCCAACAGUUGGGAUGGUGGACAAUGUGAUGGUGAACAACUCUAGGGUGCCUGCAAUGCACUACCACAAUCCUGCUAUGCAGCAAAUGGUGGCCUAUGGACAGCAACCCAUGAUGCAAACUUUUUCUUCUCAAAUUGAGGGUUCUCCAGUGGAUGAGUUCUACAACAUCAAUGAGUUUGAAAUGAAGAACAAGAUGGAAAGGUUUUAGGCUUCUAGGUAUAUCUUAAUAGUUUUGGAUUAAUUAGUUUUAGCAUUAUCUUGGAUUUCAACUUUGAUUUACUAUUUUUUAAACAAAACAUAUAUAUUCUACAUUAUUCAUGUGGUCUUAUCUU